CCCGCGCUCCUGCCCGCGGUCCGGAUGGGUCUCCUGGCUGGGAUUCGGGCCACUUGGAGUUAAUGUCCAACUGGGGGUCUACGGAGACCGGAUCCGAGGUGCCGCCGCUGGACGGGAUUCUAAGAUGAAGUUAUGGGAUGUCGUGGCUGUCUGCCUGGUGUUGCUCCACACCGCGUCCGCCUUCCCGCUGCCCGCCGGUAAGAGGCUUCCCGAGGCGCCCGCCGAAGACCGCUCCCUUGGCCGCCGCCGCGCACCCUUCGCGCUGACCAGUGACUCCAAUAUGCCUGAAGAUUAUCCUGAUCAGUUUGAUGACGUCAUGGAUUUUAUUCAAGCCACCAUUAAGAGACUGAAGAGGUCACCCGAUAAACAAGCGGCGGUGCUUCCUCGCAGAGAGCGAAAUCGGCAGACCGCAGCUGCCAGCCCAGAGAAUUCCAGAGGGAAGGGUCGCAGAGGCCAGAGGGGCAAAAAUCGGGGCUGUGUCUUAACUGCAAUACACUUAAAUGUCACUGACUUGGGUUUAGGCUACGAAACCAAGGAGGAACUGAUCUUUCGGUAUUGUAGCGGCUCCUGUGAUGCGGCCGAGACAAUGUAUGACAAAAUACUAAAAAACUUAUCUCGAAGUAGAAGACUAGUGAGUGACAAAGCAGGCCAGGCAUGUUGCCGACCGGUUGCGUUCGACGACGACCUGUCGUUUUUAGACGAUAACCUGGUUUACCAUAUUCUAAGAAAGCAUUCCGCUAAACGGUGUGGAUGCAUCUGACUCCGGCUCCAGAGACUGCUGUGUAUUGCAUUCCUGCUACAGUGCGAAGAAAGGGACCAAGGUUCCCAGGAAAUGUUUGCCCAGAACGGAAGAUGAGGACCAAGGAGGCAGAGGCGAGAAGGAAGAAGAGGGAGAGGAGGAAGAGAAGGAGGAAGGCAUCCAUCGUGGGAGCCUGGUAGAAGAAGGCCCAGCUACAGACAACUGGAUAGGAGUGAGAACAGCCGUCUGAGCACUCCAGGAUGGCAGGUGAUGUCACCAGAAGCUCAAGGCUGGCGUCCCUGCUUAGCUGUUGCCAGCGUUUAACUGACACAGUCCAUGGUCACCGAUUGCAGUCCGAGUCGCCGAUGCAUGCAGAGAACCAAGCCAGUGGUUCUUUCUCACGUGUCUGAAGACACCAGGGAAAUGUCUGAUUCUGGUGUCACCUCUUGUCACUACAUUUUCUGAUGAAAAUAAGAAAGAUGUAUUUUCCUGUCACUCAACGGAUUCACACCCUAGAAAGGAGGGGGGAACAAAAGCAGAGGUACAAAGAGAUCAUAACGUUUGAGUUUGAAAACCGAGGCCUGAGGUUGACUACAUCCAGCAUUUGGGGACGGGGGCACACUUGGUGGUUGAAUUUGAACACAGUGUACGGGGUAGGGAGAAGUUGGCUAGGAACCCAAAAGGCUGUCCUCCUGCUUAAAAACAAACCAGAAGGCAUUUCCUUGAUGUCCUCGGGAACAGGAAGAAAGCUGUGGUUUUCGGCAGCAUCCUGGUAGGAGAGCUAGUGGGGAAGGCCCCCAGCUGCCCCUCCCCACCGCCAGGGAGACCCCCGGGGCCUGUUGGUUUACAGAGACUGACGUUACAUACACAGCUCCGUUUAUGCGUGGUCACCAGUGACCAGAGAAGCUACUCGAUGCAAUGCAUCUGUUUCAGAUACAGAGAUAUAGAAAAGAUAUUUAUUAAGAUUUAAGUUAUUGUUAUUUAUUACCAUUCACUAAUGAAUUUCUCUCUUCUUCCCUUAUUUAUUAAAGUCUCUUUUCAAAGGUGCCAAAGUAUAUGUGCUCACAAAAUACAAAAAAAAAAAAAAAAAAAGGUGACAAAAGGAAGUAUUAAUUGGGAACAAGGGUCCAUACUCUUCAAAGUAUUAAAAGGGUUUCCACUGGGCAAAAAAAUCACUUACUUUACCUUUAUAAGACAACCCCUCAUUAAAUGACCCAGGUUUCCCCCAUUUUAUGGACAGGGUCUCCUGUGGCUUAGGCUGACCUUGAACUUACUGCUUGGUCAAGGAUGACCUUGACUUUCUGAUCCUCCGACUUCCUGUGGGGUUGAGAGCUCAGACAACUCACCCAUCUCUGCUCUAGGCAUGGAAUUCAGGGCCUCAUCCAGGCUAGGCGACUCUAGCAGCUGAGUUACACCCUGUUUAAGGAGCAUCUCAGCCCCGCCCCCUCAACAGCAGUCCCAGUGCCGUUGCCCCAUCACUGAGCAGAGAGGCCGCAAGCUCUGCUUCCCUUCCACAUGUGUGACAUCAGAGCCACAUAUACAGAAGGAUGAAUUCCCCUUGGUCGUCCUGGACUUAAGUCACCUAACAGUGAAAUGAAGGACCUGCCAGGUAGCCAAGGUUUAGCCCUGCCCGAUGGCACCUCUGCCUCCGUUCUUGCCCACCUACCUCCUCCCUGAGGGCACAGAGGCAGAAGCACAUGGGGAAUCUCGGAGGGAGAAGCCAUCUGCCUUGUCCUUUGCCAGGUCUGUUGUCGUCUGGGGUCAACAUUUGUGAUCCCUUCCAACCCACCGAGUUCUAGGAAGAAAGGUUGACAGAAAGAGGCCAUAGGACAUAGGAGGCCUACCCUCAUUGUGUAGAGCAGAGGAAGUAGAUGGGAAAAUGGCACCUCUCACUGUCCCCAAAGUGUACCUGUCUAGCUGGCAUACAGGUCAUGCCUUGAGU